AUGUAUCCAAAUUGGCUCGUUCUGCUCCACUUGCCGCUGGUUUGUUUGGGAGUUGCCUCGCAAAUGUUUGCACAGCCGCUGACAAAGAACCACAGCAGCGGCAUCCUGAGCAUCAAACGGGCGGAGGGACAGCAGAUUGAGGAAGCCGCGCUGCCGCAGCAUCUGCAACAAAUCACGGGCAGCGAGGCGUUGGCGCCAUUGUUGCUCGAGUUACUGGACCAAACUGUGCCAAAUUGGCAGCAGCAGCAGAAGCAGCAAUCCCACCAGCAACUCCAGCCAAAACAGCAGCAACAACAGGCCACAAAUCAACCGCAACAACGGGGGCAACACUUUUUUGUUUAUGAAAAUGCCGCGGGUCAACCACCUCAAAUAUUGGCCGGGUUCAAUGGCGUCAAUGUGCAACCUGAACAACACCGCCAUAGCCUCCAGCCAAAGCCAACGCCAAAGCCGAGCCCAAAGCCAUUUCAGACUGAACAACAAAAUGUAGGAGCUGGGCCAAAAAUCGUUAAGGCGCCGCCAGCCGCAGCCGUUUGGGCGCCAGAGCUCAAGGGCCAACACCACCCCCUACCAUCGGCCCCAUCCCCGGCAACUGCAGCGCCAGCAAGUUGCCAACUCUGCUGCAAUCCAUCGGAAGUUGCCACGCCCCCUACAACGCCCUGCCCGCCCCCUUUGGGGAGUGUCCACGAGACGAUCCCGUUGCUCAGUGCCACGGCGCUCAAGGCGACAGCUGGUUAA